CUUUCAGUUCGAUUGUGGAGCGAUCAUGACGACAACGCUGCCGAAGAAGGAAGCGGAAACGCAGCAGGAGAUCAGGGAGCGGGAGGCCAAGGCUCUGGAGGAUCGCAAGGAGCGCAAGAUCUACGAGAACUUUGCCACGCCACUGGCAGGCACUUUCCUCAACCUGCCACACGAGCCCGUGGAGAUCAAGUGCCCCGCCUGCGGCAUUAAGGAGCUGAGUGUGGUGCAGAAUGAUCUGAAGUGGUGGGCCAGUGAAAUUAACCGCAUUGUGGGCUGUCUUUUCGUGACCUUCUGUUGCUGCUGCUGCUUCAAUUACUUUGUGCCCUGCAAGCAAACCGAUCGAAGUCAUUACUGCGGCAAUUGCGGCUGCUACUUUGGACGUUCUAUGAAGAGGAGGCAACCACUCAAAUUGAAGGCAACCACCGCCUAGGCAUCAUUGUUCGCAUGUUUAUUAAAAUUCUUCCAAACCCUCGUGUUCCCACCCACUGCAAUGCCAUCAAAACAAAAAUAAACCAAAAAUAUAUUUCUC